AUGGCGUCGAUCGAAGAUCUCGUAGCUACUGUCUCGGGAGUUCAUGUCGGUCAACAUGGUGCUGAUCUCAAGGAUCUACAGGCCAAACUCCAUCACGCACUCCUCCCCACUAUCCCAACUUAUCGUAACCCCGUCCCACUCCCAGUCCCAAACACUACCUCCGCCCCUCUCCCUCCUCCAGCACCAGUAUCAUCAUGGAAUUCUCCAGCCCCUAAUUGUCCUUACCUUCACUCGUUCCAUCCUACUCAUGCAUCUCUUCCUCCUCAUCCUACCCCUUUACCGCAUAGUCAACCUCAACCACCUAAAACACAACGUGAAACGGGUUUCGUUCCGUCUACCAACCAAAGUGGUGGUACCUCUACCCAUAAAGAUCCAAAAGGUUCUCCAACAGGAACGGGAACUACGAGUUCUAGUCUUGGAGGAUUCGUUGAUGAUGCUUUUAGACCUCUUUGGGCUAGUACCGUUCCUGCAAAAGGAUUCAAGUGA